GUGUUGUGUUUGUUGAAGCAUGGAAAGUAUUUUUAAGAGAAUUAAACGUCACAAUGGAAGUGAAUGGGAUUUUUAAUAGUGGUUUGUGACCUAAUGGGAAAACGUGCAAGCGGCCAGUGCACAACAAGUAGGCUACUACACCUAGCUCUUGCCUUUAACGGUGUACGAGUUUGGCUUAGACGGGAAGACAGGCAUGAGCAAUGUAUUCAACCUUAUGUGAUAAAAGAUUCAUAUAAUUUCCCCGAAGUUUUCUGUGGUAUACUAUGACUCUGAGAACUAGAAAGUAAAUGUCUUUACAAGUGCAAGGAUUAUUUGGUGCACCCUCUCUGUCUGCAUCUACCCUGGAACAGUUUCCUCAUGAGAACAUCUUGAAAGAAAGAAACACAGAGUCAAAGGCUGACCAAGACCACAAAGUGAACAGAGUAGCAACAUACAGGGAACUAGACAAUGACCUUCUCAGACAUGCAGCAUUCCAGACUCUAGAUAAUGAGAUUGAUCUCAAAUUACUGACCAAAGUUUUAUCAGCAGAAUCUGAAGUCAUUGAGGAGGAUAAACCAUGGGAAUGGGACCAAUUAUUCACAGAGGUUUCCUCCGAACUAAUCAAUGAGUGGGAAGCCAGUGAAGUCAAAGAUUCGGAUCCAACUGCUGCUUGACAGAGAACUAGAUGUUUAAUGACUUUGAUCUUUGAAUUAGUCCAGAGACUUGUGGAUAGUGAACAAGGGCAUUUUAAUCAAAGAAUCUGUUAGUUUAACAGAAUUAUCUCUUGACAUUUGAAGUUCUUUUUUGUAACUUUUUUUACAACCUCACGUAUGUAAAAAAGAUUGAAUCACGUCAUCAGUCAAGCAGUCCGUCCACUUCAGCUGAAAUUUUUGCUGAAUUUUAUAUAUUGCUCUCUGAUUGGCAUUUCUUCAUUCUUCAUUCAAUCUGAAAAAAUUCUUCUGCCUGCAUUACCAAUAUCAUAAUUCAUAAUUUAUAAUUUUAUGAUACUUAUUUUAUUAAAAGUAUGUCACAUACUUGAUGUGGUCAAUCUUGUGACCAGGUAUAUUGUGUUACAGGUUGAUUCUUACAAUAAAGAAA